AUGACAGGCUGUAGUGUUACGAAGUGUACAAAUCGGGCGGACAGCGGCAAGAGCUUGUACCGGAUUCCGACGGCGAGACACGAUGUGAGACGCCGUCUCGUCUGGCUUUUUCGUAUGGGAAGGAGAUCGCCAACUCCCAAGAAUGCAAGAAUUUGCGAGGAUCACUUUGAAUCGAAGGAGUUUGAGACUUAUCGAGUCAAUGGCAGACGUAAACUGAAACCCAAUGCAGUUCCAUCUCUUCUACUCGGCCCAAAUUGUCAUCCUGCCACAGAGGAACAAUCUGCAGACCUUGCUUCUCCAGUCGGUGUUGCUUCAGGCAUUGUGUCGCAGUCCACAGUGCCCCAACCAGGUGCAGGCAUUGCUUCUCAAGUUGAUGUUCAUUCAGGCAUCGUGUCGGAGUCCGUAGUGCCCCAACCAGCUGCAGGCAUUGCUUCUCAAGUCGAUGUUCAUUCAGCCAGCGUGUCGGGGUCCGUAGAGCCCCAACCAGGCAAUGUUGUAGAAUCUUGUGAUGCACGCCAAACAGAAAAUGCUUCAGAAUGUUCUGAUGGACGUCAAGCAGGAACUUCUGGGACACAUGAGGGUGGCUCGAAUCGAGAGAAGAAGCUCGAGCUGAUGUUGAACCUUGAACAGAAGAAACGCCGAAAAAUGGAAAAAGAAAGAUACAAGCUCCGGGAGUCUAUAAGUCGUAUCUUCGCUCCUGAUCAGAUUAGAGCGUUGGAGAAAGGAACAAUGAGGGGAAGCUCCUGGUCCGACGCAACUCUUCAGAAGGCUUUAGCUGCGAAAGUGGUUUGUGGAAGCAAAGGCUAUGAGCACAUCAAAGAAAACUUGGUCCCUUUGCCUGCUCCUAGAACACUACAGCAACAAAUGGAACACAUCAAAUUAUUUCCAGGUGUACUUGAUGAAGUCUUCGCCGCCCUCAAGCAAAAAGUGGAGUCCGUGCGCCCCGAAGAACGGCAAGCUUGUCUACUCAUGGACGAGAUGCAGAUUGCACCCGGCCUCGACUACGAUGCUUCCAUCGCAUCCAUAAUAGGCCGCCCAAAGGUUGGACAUCAAAUCCAGCGGCAGAGGAGCCUUUGUCUACCCAUGCACUAGUGUUCAUGCUGGGUGGGUUAACUACCCGCUGGAAGCAAGCGGUUGCAUACCACUU